AUGUCGUCCAGAGUCACUCGCUCGUCUGCGAGGCGAUCAACGGGAGAUUCAAGCGAGAAUCAACCCACCAACGUCGCCCCCACCCGCCCGCCGCCCGCUGCCUCACGCAAGAGAAAGAGCACUGUGAGGGACACGCCCCUAGACCAGGAAGAGACGACCGCAGACUCAGCACCCGCCCGCGGCGGCCGUGCUAAGCGCACCAAGGUCGAGCCCCCAGCCCCGCCAGCUCAGCCCCCCGCUCGCUCUAAGAAGGCAAGAGGAAAAGCAGCCAUGUCGUCGGCUGACCCACCCACCGACCUUGCAGAGGACAAGUCGGCCCCUCCCUCGUCAGCGAGACGCGGUAAAGGCGGCCGCAAGAGUGGCACCCAAGGUAGCAGCGCGCCACAGCAGACGCAAGAGUUGCAUGCUGAACAUGGCGCAGAUGCCCCUUCCACAUCACGUCGAAGCUCGCGAAAAGCAACAAAGACCGACGACGACGUCGACAUGGAGGAUGCACCAGAGAGCAAGCACGAAGACGAGACACGACCGCCGGGCGAGGAACACACCAGCGACGACGAUGACGACGACGACGAAGAAGGUCUCCAAGGACGCUACGACGACGACGAUGAUGACGACGAUGACGAUGACGACGAUCCCUUCACUUCGGGCUUCCUCGCACGCCAUCCACACAGCCUGUCGGCGUUGCGACAACUGACGGGCAUGAUGGCUGGCACUACACAGCGCCUGCGAGGCAUACUUGAACAGCUGAGGUCUCCAGACAUGUCUAUGCAGCUGAUUGCCCUCCAGGAGCUCUCAGAAGUGCUGCUCAUUUCUACAGAGGAUAACCUUGCUGGCCACUUUUCCCCGGAUCCUUACGUCAAGGAACUGGUCAAACUCAUGCAACCCAACGAUUUCACUGGGGAAGAGAAUCCGGAGGUGAUGCUUCUCGCUUGUCGAUGCCUGGCCAACUUGAUGGAAGCACUACCUGCAGCAACUGCAAAUAUUGUCUACGGCGGUGCUGUCCCUGUCCUGUGCUCAAAGCUGCUUGAGAUUAACUUUAUCGACCUGGCCGAGCAGUGUCUAAGCACGCUGGAGAAGAUUUCAGUGGAAUUUCCUUCGUCUAUUGUACGGGAGGGCGGCCUGACAGCAUGUCUGACCUAUCUCGACUUCUUCGCCACAAGUACGCAGCGAACUGCUGUGACGACUGCGGCCAACUGCUGCCGAAACAUUCCCGAAGACUCAUUUCCCACGGUACGCGAUGUUAUGCCCAUCCUCGAAAACAUCCUCAGCAACAACGACCAAAAAGUGGUGGAACAAGGCUGCAUCUGCGUGUCGAGGAUUGUCCAGAGCUUCAAGCACUACGAGACGAAGCUUGAAGAAUUAGUCAGCCCGGGUCUUCUGAAAGCCAUCUUGCGGCUCCUCUUACCUGGCACAACUAACCUGAUCGGAGCAAACAUCCACACCAUGUUCCUCCAGGUCCUUGCCUAUACUGCCAAAGCUAGCCCGCGCUUGUCUGCCGAUCUUCUCAGGAUGAAUGUCGUCGAUACGCUGUAUCAGAUCCUCACGGGCGUCUCACCUCCAAGCGGCACCGAAGACGUUGCGUCGAAAAUCGACCCUGUCGUGGUUAUGCAGGCAUUGAUCCAUCGACCCAAGGACCAGGUCUUCGAAACACUCAAUGUCAUUUGCGAGCUUCUUCCUAACGUUCCGACGGAUGGCCUGAUGUAUCUCGAUGACCUGUUUGAUGCUGGCUACCCGGGUGACGGUGUCGCACCUUUGUCUUCACAGAACAAAAAGGAGGCAAAUGAGAAGCGAGUGGAACUGCUGAAGGGUUGCAAGACGGAGGUUAAGCACUUUGCCGUCAUUUUACUACCCACUCUGACAGACGCCUACUCCAGUACUGUCAACCUCAACGUGCGACAAAAGGUUCUCACGGCACAACUAAAGAUGCUGUCGAACCUGGACACAGAGAUCCUCGAAGAAGCGUUGCGUUCAGUCCCCUAUGCUUCGUACCUUGCUUCGAUCUUUUCGCAACAAGAUCACCCAACCCUGGUUACAUACGCCUUGCAAGCGGCCGAGCUACUCCUCAAGCGUCUCGAACAUAUCUACCGAUACCAGUUCUAUCGCGAGGGUGUCAUUUCCGAAAUUUCACAUCUUGCAAACCGACCUUGCAAAGCUCUCGAAAUUCGAUCUAAAGACUCCAAAUCGAACUUGGAUGUGGAGACUGCUGUUGAAUCUAGCGCUAGCAUAAGUACAUCUGGAGAUCAAAACACAGAGCCGCAACCUGCUGAAGAUGGCGAUGUAGAGAUGCACUCUGAAGACGACGAUGACGAGGACGACGAAGAAGAAGACCAAGACGACGGCCAAAUUAUAGAAGACGAUAAUCGAGAUGAAGACGACGAUUCCGAUUCGGACUCAUCUGAUGAUCGUCCUGGCGGUCCACCAAUUCCCGACGCUGAGGAUAUCAUCACUCUCCGGGCAAAGAAGUUCAUUGAGGCCCACGAGAAGGCUAGCGACAAACCUAUCCGAGAGAAAGCAUCCGCAGUACUGGAGGAUUUGAAGCUACUUGCCGAGGAGAUAAGGACUUGUGUCCUCGAUGGGGGUCCAGGCAACUGCAUGGAACUAUUCACACGACUUGCGGCUUACUUUGAAGGAGAUGCGCUGGAGAGCAUCACAAGCUAUGAGCUCAAGUCCUCUAAAAUUGUGGAAUUCUUGUUGGAGAUCUUCUCCUCGGCUACCUUUGCUAAGGGCAUUGAUCCCCGGCCCAUGUUCUUGGAAGCGUUCAUGGGUGGCAAUCCUCAGGCCAAGGUCAAGACUGUAAGCAGUGCGUCACCCGCGACACCAUUCAGCGUGCUGGUCAACAAACUCCAAGAUCUUCUCAGCAGGUCGGAACAUUUCGAAGUUUUCACGGUCCACCAAAACUCGUACGACGGCCGAGGGAGCGCGACGUCCAUGUUAGCUAAGCAGCUUCGGCUCAAACUCGUCGCAGACGACGAAUCUGGUAUUCCAAAGAGUUAUCGAAACAUCAUGGUCUCCAUACAUGCCAUUGCUACAUUCAAGGCACUAGAUGACUAUUUGCGCCCACGUAUUAGCAUUGCUGAGCGACCACGUGGAUCGAGGCCAAGGGAUCAAUUCGCAGCGUAUGCCGAGGCUCUUGCUGCUGGACGUGCUCCGCCUCCGCCACGUACGCCUUCCGAAUCAGCGAGUCGACCUUCCAAGAAGUCUUCAAAGUCGAUACCAGACUUAACCGAGACACCUGAGGCUGGGCCUAGUUCAUCUACUCGAGAGAAGACCCGUCGCUCAAGUAGACGACAACAGGCGCAGCCACCUCCGCCCCCGCCACCACCACCACCGCCUGCUAUGCCUCGUUCGAGCAGUGCUCAGGAUCCGGUGGAAUGCGCUGACGAGGAACGUCUCUCCGACGAAGACUCCAUGGACGAUGAUAGUGCUCUGAACGCAAUUGUCGAUGACUUGGAAGAUGAGCUUGACGAUGACCUGCCGGAUCCAUCUGCCGUGAGUGUAGAGGUUGCACCAACAGGAAAAGCUACUGCUCAUCAGGAAGACGGCACCAGGGUCGCCACUCCGGUUCAAAAUGCACAAACACCAAAGCCACCGACAGAUCGUACCCCAGCCUCACGUUUGACCGCGCUGCUCCAGAGCUCUGCGAUGAGACAGGGUCUGGGCGGCGCUGCUAGUGCUUUGUCAUAUGCUGCAGCUGUGCAGUCUAUCCCAGACGACUGGCAUGUGGAGUUUAGCGUUAACGAUCAGCCGCUGUCGAACGAAACAACAAUUUAUCGUGCCGUGCACUUCAGCCAAGUAUCACAGUCAGAUGCAACACAUCGUGCAGUCUGGAAUGCCGUUCAUACCAUCAAAUUCAAGCGUGUCCCUGGUCCUCCUCCUGCUGAGCCGAGUUCUUUGACCCCACCUCCGGAGUCCAGAGGCGGAUCUGCUGAGAUGCCAGCAUCUUUGGACAACCAUCCAGUCACAUCUGGCAUCCUACGUCUUCUUAGCAUUCUCCAUGGCCUGAACUCUCACCUUGAUGACAUCCUGUCCGACCACCGAGAGCAGAUCAAGCUUAACCAAGAGCCACUUUCACAGUUUGUAAACACCAAACUGACAGCUAAACUCAAUCGCCAAUUGGAAGAGCCAUUGAUUGUAGCUAGUAACUGCCUCCCUAGUUGGAGCGAGGACCUGGCCCGAUUCUAUCCGUUCCUCUUUCCGUUCGAGACCCGUCACAUGUUUGUUCAGUCCACCUCGUUUGGCUACUCACGAUCCAUGACGAGAUGGCAAAAUGCGCAGCCAGCCAACGAUUCAAGGCACAAUCGCAAUCGCGAUGAGCGACCCUUCCUCGGCAGGCUUCAGCGUCAAAAGGUGCGGAUCUCGCGAUCGCGUAUUCUGGAGUCGGCAAUGAAGGUCAUGCAGCUCUACGGACACUCUCCUAGCAUUUUGGAGGUGGAGUACUUCGAAGAGGUCGGCACAGGUCUUGGUCCAACGCUGGAGUUCUACUCGACCGUGUCCAAAGAGUUCUCUAAGAAGAAACUAAAGCUUUGGAGGGAAAAUGAUUCUACUGGCAACGACGAGUAUGCUUUCGGGCAGCGCGGAUUGUUCCCUGCGCCAAUGAGCGCAGAGCAAGCCGCGUCUGAGAAUGGUGCAAAGAUACUUGAAAUGUUCAAGGUCUUGGGCAAGUUUGUCGCCCGAUCCAUGCUUGACUCUCGAAUCAUCGAUGUGUCAUUCAACCCCACGUUCUUCCGCCUCAGCUGUGGCAGUACGACAGUCGCUCCAUCUUUGGGAGCUGUCAAAUCUGUUGAUCAAGACCUGUCUAAAUCGUUGAAGUUGGUGAAACAGUUUGCAGAUGCAAAGAAGCAGGUUGACGAAGACGCCAACAUGACCGCGGCGCAAAAGGUCGACGCUCUCCAGAACGUCGUCAUCCAGGAUUGUCAUGUCGAAGACCUAGCUUUGGACUUCACGCUUCCUGGAUACAAUGCUAUUGAGCUCAUCACGAAAGGAGCAGACACAUCUGUGACAAUCGACAACGUGGACACUUACGUUGAGAAGGUUCUUGACUUCACCUUGGGCUCUGGAGUACAGCGCCAAGUAGAUGCAUUCGCAUCAGGAUUUACCGAAGUCUUCCCAUACUCCGCCCUGAAGGCAUUCACACCCGAUGAGCUUGUGAUGCUAUUCGGCAGGACUGAUGAGGACUGGUCGCUUGAGACUCUUAUGGACUCUAUCAAGGCCGAUCACGGCUUCAACCUUGACAGCAAGAGUGUUCGCAACUUGCUACAGACGAUGAGUGAAUUCACCGCGGCGCAGCGUCGGGACUUCCUGCAGUUCAUCACCGGUAGCCCGAAGCUGCCCAUUGGAGGCUUCAAGAACCUCACGCCAAUGUUCACGGUCGUCUGCAAACCCAGCGAGCCGCCCUACACAUCCGACGACUAUCUGCCCUCGGUCAUGACGUGCGUCAACUACCUCAAAAUGCCGGAUUACAGCACCAUCGACGUGCUCCGCGGGAAACUCAGCGUUGCUAUCAAGGAGGGCCAAGGCGCUUUCCAUCUCUCUUAG